AAUAGUUUAUACUUCCUCGGCCCUGCCCUGCGCGCUUCAGUGAUGGGGCAGUGAGGAUGCCAAGACACGAGAGUCCUGUGAAGACUGUUUUUCAUUUGAUUCCUCAGCUUUACUGAUUCAGCCUUGUUGAUUUUAACCUGUUUGUUGCCAUGUUGCGGGUUGUAGUAGAGUCGGCUAAAGGUCUGCCUAAAAAGAAACUUGGAAAUCCUGAUCCAUUCACCGCUGUGGUCUAUAAAGAUGAGAAGAAGAAAACAAAAACGAUUGGCAAUGAGUUGAAUCCUGUUUGGAAUGAGGUGCUUGAGUUUGAUCUGAAGGGCACUGGGCUGGACUCUAGCUCCUACAUAGACGUGAUUGUGAAAGACUAUGAAACCAUUGGGAAAGAUAAAUUGAUUGGGUCAACCAAAAUCUCUUUGAGAGACCUUUCCUCUGGGCAAGUGAGAUCACUCCCAUCCAGAAAUCUUCCUUUGGCCAAUGAAAGUGGGCAGAAUACUGGAGCUACAGUCAACCUUGUGAUUGGCUACGAUCCUCCAGCCAGUGCUGUACCAAACCCCAAUGACCCUCAAGCAGGAGAUGCUACAGUGGAUGCUGGUGGUGGUGAGCAGGGGAAUGAGACGCUACCAGAUGGAGGCCAAAGUAGCUCUGCAGGCAUCCCCUCGCCUCCUGGUCAGCCUGGUAAACUCCACCUGCAGAUGGCAAGGGGACAGAAUCGCUCCCGACUAGCCGAUAAACCCCAGGACUUCCAGAUUCGUGUCCGGAUCAUUGAGGCCCGUCAGUUGCCUGGCAACAACAUCAAACCAGUGGUGAAGGUUCAUGUGUGUGAACAGACCCAUAGGACAAGGAUCAAGAGGGGAAACAACCCCUUCUUUGAUGAGAUGUUCUUCUACAAUGUCCACAUGCUACCGUCAGAUCUAUUUGAUAAGCACAUCAGCUUCCGGAUCUAUAAUUCCUAUUCACUGAGGGCUGACAGUCUCAUGGGAGAGUUCAAGGUGGACAUUGGUUAUGUUUAUGAUGAACCAGCCCACUGUAUCAUGAGGAAGUGGCUCCUGAUGAAUGACCCAGAUGACUCUAGCUCUGGGGCUAAAGGCUACCUCAAAGUCAGCCUCUUUGUAGUGGGGACUGGAGAUGAACCUCCGAGAGAGAAAAGGGACUCAAAUGAUGAUCAGGAUGACAUAGAGAGUAAUCUGCUGCUGCCAGCUGGUGUGACUCUGCGAUGGGCCACCCUAUCACUGAAGGUGUUCAGAGCUGAGGAUGUUCCCCAGAUGGAUGAUGCAUUCGUCCAAACCAUGAAAGAACUUUUUGGAGGAGAUGAAAACAAGAAGAAUUUGGUGGAUCCCUUCUUAGAGGCUUCAUUUGCUGGCAAAAAGCUGUGUACUAAGAUCAUUGAGAAGAAUGCAAACCCUGAAUGGAACCAAGUGCUGAACCUCCAAGUAAAGUUCCCCUCCAUGUGUGAGCGUGUCAAACUGACGGUCUUUGAUUGGGAUCGUUUGACAAGAAAUGAUGCUGUUGGCACCACAUACCUGAACCUGGCCAAGAUAGCCUCCUCUGGUGGAGAAAUAGAAGAAAAACAUGCGGGAAAUCCGGAAAUACCGUCAUUUGAAGCUACCACAGGUUCGUCUGAAGUGGGUUUCCUGCCUGUCUUUGGGCCCUGCUACAUCAACCUGUACGGCAGCCCCAGAGAGUUCACCGGCCUGCCAGACCCCUAUGAGGAUCUCAAUUAUGGCAUGGGAGAAGGAGUGGCGUACAGGGGCAGGAUCCUGGUUGAGCUGUCCACUAAGCUAGAUGGCAAAGCAGACAAAACAGUUGACAGUAUUAGCAGCGAUGACAUCCUGGUGGUGCAGAAGUACCAGAGGAGGAGGAAGUAUUGUCUGUGUGCAGUCUUUCACAGCGCCUCCAUGAUACAGGAACCAGGAGAGCCAAUCCAGUUUGAGGUCAGCAUCGGUAACUAUGGCAACAAAUUGGACACCACCUGCAAACCACUGGCCUCCACCACUCAGUACAGCUGUGCUGUAUUUGAUGGUAACCACUAUUAUUACCUGCCCUGGGCAAACACUAAGCCAGUGGUGGUGGUUACCUCAUUCUGGGAGGAUGUCAGCCACCGCAUGGACUCGGUCAACAUCAUCCUCCACAUUACUCACCGCCUGCAAUCCAACCUCGAUGAAUUUAAAAUAGCCAUCUUGGCAAAAGUCCCUGACAACCAGCUUGUAGAGGUGUGGCUGAAGUUGCUUACUGAGCUGAUUGAAGACCUAGAAAGUUUCACAACACCUGAGCUGGAAGGCCGCUCCAACCUGACUUCUUUGGACAUCCAAAUCAAGAAGCUGCGAGACAGCGCUUUGGCCACAGUCAAGGACGGAGCCAGACACAUGAGAGAGGAGGCCAGAGAGAUCCGUGACACUGUGUCUGACAUAGAGUCCUGGGUGGACAAACUUGCACUGCUGGCUGAGGAGCCCCAGAACAGCAUGCCUGACGUGAUCAUCUGGAUGUUACGGGGUGAGAAGAGGGUGGCCUACAGCCGCAUCCCCGCUCACCAGAUACUCUACUCCACACACAGUGAGCAGGCCUGCGGUCAACACUGUGGCAAGACACAGACUGUCUUUUUAAAGUACCCCAUGGACAAGAACAAGGGCUUAAAGGUGCCAGUUCAGAUCAGAGUCAAUAUGUGGCUGGGUCUGGCUGCACAUGAGAAGAAGUUCAACUCCUACUCUGAGGGAACCUUCAGCGUAUUUGCUGAGAUGUACGAGAACCAGGCCCAGGUGUUUGGGAAGUGGGGGACCACAGGACUGGUGGGGCGCUACAAAUACUCAGACGUAACGGGCAAGCUGAAGCUGAAACAAGAGUACUUCAUGCCCCCAAGAGGGUGGGAGUGGGAAGGUGACUGGUUCAUUGACCCAGAGAAAGCUCUGUUAACAGAGGCAGACGCUGGACACACUGAAUUCAUGGACGAGGUGUUCCAAAAUGAGGCUCGCUUCCCUGGUGGAGAGUGGAAGGCGCCCUCUGAGCCCUACACUGAUGUGAAUGGAGAGAAGAGCCGUAGCCCUGGAGAGUUUGAUUGUCCUCCAGGUUGGAACUGGGAGACUGAGUGGAGUGUGGAUGACAACAGAGCUGUGGAUGAUCAAGGCUGGGAGUAUGGAGUCACCAUCCCGCCAGAUGACAAACCUCGGUCCUGGGUCUCUGCGGAGAAGGUGUAUCACAUCCACCGCAGGAGAAGGCUUGUUCGACCUCGCAAGAGAGUUGCAGUCCCUGCAGGAGCAGUUGCGGAGAGGCGGAACCAAGGUGACCCUGAGGGUUGGGAAUUCUCUUCUCUGAUUGGCUGGAAGUUCCACCAGAAGGAGCGUUCAUCGGAUACCAUUCGUCGUAGGCGCUGGAGACGGAAGAUGGCACCAGAGGGACGGCUCGGCGCAUCCGCCAUAUUCCAACUGGAGGGGGCGUUGGGUGUUGAUAUUGAGGAGAAGGAGAAAGGCUCCAAGGCCGAUGCCAACAAAGCUGAUGCCACCAAGCUGUUUGGGGCCAACACGCCCACUGUGUCCUGCUCCUUUGAAAGGUCACAUAUGUACCAUCUCCGUGUCUACCUUUAUCAGGCACGGAACUUGACAUCUAUGGACAAGGAUAGUUUUUCUGAUCCGUAUGCAUACAUCUCCUUCCUGCAUGUAAGUAAGACAACAGAGAAGCUGUCAGCAACACUGAACCCCACUUGGGAUCAAACACUGAUUUUCAGUGACGUGGAGAUUUAUGGAGACCCCCAGAAGAUUGCUCAACGGCCCCCUAAUGUUGUAGUGGAGUUCUAUGACUACGACCAAGUGGGGAGGGAUGAGCUGCUUGGCCGCAGUGUUUUCCUGCCACUGGUGAAGUUGAAUCCAGGCAUGAAUGAGACUCCCAAACUGCUAUGGAUCCCCAUCAUGCAGAAAGGAAACAAGGCAGGGGAGGCACUGGUGGCUGCUGAACUCAUCCUCAAAGAAAAGACGGGCGAUUCAAAUCUUCCCCUGAUGCCCCCAAAGAGAGGAGAGAAACUCUACAUGGUUCCUCAGGGCAUCCGACCUGUGGUGCAGCUCACUGCUGUGGAGAUUCUAGCAUGGGGCCUGAGGAACAUGAAGACGUACCAGCUGGCAGCAGUGUCUUCACCCAGUCUGGUGGUGGAGUGUGGGGGUCAGAGGCUGGAGUCAGCUGUCAUCAAGAACAUGAAAAAGAGCCCAAACUUCCCCAGCUCUGUCCUCUUCAUCAAAGUGCUCCUACCAAAGGAUGAGAUGUACACACCUCCCAUUGUGCUUAAGGUGAUCGACCACCGUCCAUUUGGCAGGAAGCCUGUGGUGGGUCAGUGCACCAUCACUGCUCUGGAGGAUUUCAGAUGCGACCCAUAUGUCGUCACUGCAGAAGGAGCCAUGUCUUCCAAAAUGCAUCUGAUGGCCUCCCCUUCCAAACACGUGUCUAUUAAGAUGGAUGAAUCAAGACCACUGCUAGAAGCUCAGUUCAUGUACAGCAUGUCAGCUGCUGUCAACAAAAUGGCUUCCCCUACCUCCUACUUUCACGCAGAAAAGGAGAAAGAGACAGUCGAUUGGUGGAGUAAAUUCUACGCUUCAACUGGAGAGCAGGAGAAAUGCGGCCCUUACCUCAAAAAAGGGUAUGACACCCUGAAAGUGUAUGACUGUGAACUGGAGGAUGUCCCAGACUUCAAAGGGCUGACUGAUUUCUGCAACACCUUCAAACUGCUGCGAGGCAAGAAUGAAAAUGGAGAUGACGACCCCACUGUGGUUGGAGAGUUUAAGGGUUCAUUCAAGGUGUACCCUCUACCAGACGACCCAGGUGUUGCUCCUCCUCCCCGUCAGUUCAGAGAGCUGCCAGAUAGUGGACCUCAGGAGUGUCUGGUCAGGAUCUAUGUCGUCCGGGGCAUUGACCUGCAGCCCAAAGACAAUAAUGGCAGUUGUGAUCCAUACAUAAAGAUAUCACUGGGAAGGAAUACAAUUGACGACCGAGACCACUACUUACCCAACACCAUCAACCCUGUGUUUGGAAGGAUGUUUGAGAUGACGUGUUUCCUGCCCCAGGACAAGGACCUGAAAAUCUCUGUCUAUGACUAUGAUCUCCUGACCCGUGACGAGAAGGUUGGCGAGACAGUGAUUGACCUGGAGAACCGCUUCCUGUCCAGAUAUAACUCCUACUGUGGCCUGCCACAAACCUACUGCAUUUCUGGUAUCAACCAGUGGCGGGACCAGCUGAAGCCAUCUCAGAUUCUGGAGAACUUGGCUCGUCUAAAAGGCCUGUCCAAACCCAUUAGUGAGGACAACGGCACCUCUCUCAGCUUCAAUGGCAAAGAUUACACGCUGGAUAACUUUGAGAACAACAAGGAAAUUCAUCAGCACAUGGGACCGCCCUAUGAACGACUCUGUCUGCAUGUACUCAGGAAACAGGGACUUGUCCCUGAACAUGUAGAGACCAGGACCCUCUACAGCACCUUUCAGCCUAAUCUCUCUCAGGGAAGCCUUCAGAUGUGGGUGGAUGUUUUCCCCAAAAGCAUUGGCCCCCCUGGACCUCCAUUUGAGAUCACGCCACGCAAGGCUAAGAAGUAUUUCCUGCGGGCUGUCAUCUGGAAUACCACAGAUGUGACUUUAGAUGAGACCAGCAUCACAGGAGAACGCAUGAGCGACAUCUAUGUCAAAGGCUGGAUGCCAGGAAUGGAGGAGGACAAGCAGAAGACUGAUGUCCACUACAGGUCUCUGGAUGGAGAUGGCAACUUUAACUGGAGGUUCGUCUUUGGCUUCGACUACCUGCCUGCUGAACAACUCUGCCUCGUGUCCAAGAAGGAGCACUUUUGGAGUCUUGACAAAACAGAGUUCAGGAUUCCCCCCAAGAUGAUUGUUCAGAUAUGGGAUAAUGACAAAUUCUCACUGGACGAUUACCUUGGCUCAAUGGAGCUGGAUUUGCGUAACAUGGUGUCCCCUGCGAAGACCCCAGAGAAGUGUUCUCUGCAGAUGAUGGAUGAUCUGGAAAUGAGAACUCCGCCCAAGACAGAGCAUGCCAAUUCUCUGUUUGCUCAGCAGUCAGUCAGAGGCUGGUGGCCUUGUUCUAUUGAACAGGAUGGAAAGAAGGUCCUAGGCGGAAAAGUGGAGAUGACACUGGAGAUUGUAAGUGAAGCAGAUGCAGAUGAGAGACCUGCAGGAAAAGGCAGAGAUGAACCCAACAUGAACCCAAAACUGGACCCUCCCAACCGCCCAGAUACAUCCUUCUUUUGGUUCACCAACCCAUGUAAGACCAUGAAGUUUAUUGUGUGGCGAAGGUUCAGGUGCCUCUUCAUCGGACUCAUCAUCCUCAUCAUAGUGAUUCUCUUCCUCGCCAUCUUGCUGUACUCUUUACCGAACUACAUCUCAAUGAAGAUAGUGAAACCACUAAGCUAACUCUACAAUGGAGGAGCAGUGGAACUGUAAAGGACGAUUCAAACCUCCUACAGGAUCACACUAACACGGCAUAACUGCUGCCAAAGCAUCAAUAUUUUUUGCCUAUAGUAUUUUAUAAAGGUCUACUUAAAAUGGGAAGGGGGGUUGCACAUUUGCACUAUAUCAUACUUUACUAUGAACACUAUGUACACCUAUAUGUGACCGACUUGUGAGCAAAAGAUUUGUUUCCAAACCAUUGUUGUUUUUUUAAUUAGUGAGUGAUGAGAAAAAGGAACUACCUGUACAUUUUAAUGCAAGCCAACACAACUGUCCCGUAAUCGACACUUGCUUACUUUGGCAUACUGUAUGUAAAGAAGGGGAUUAAUUACAAUUAAUAAUUAAAGGUUUCUCCAAGGCUGUAUUUAUUACAAGGCUGUUACAUUUGAUUGCAUUACAAUUAACAAGGGUUUUGGUUUCUGCCAAGUAAUCCUGCCAAUAACAACCUAAAAGUGACAAAGUGCGUCUGCCUUUUGUACAUUACAUUUUAACACAUCUUUUAAAUGUGCAGUGCAGAACUUUUGCGCCCCCUUCUGGCAGUAAUUACACAAACACUGCCAACACAUGCUUUUGAUGUAUGCCUACAGGCGAGUUCAGUUAUUUCUGUGAAGUAAAUGUAAUAGCUACAUGGGCUACUCCAAAUAUUUUACAAAUGCCAGCAUGUUUGCCCUCAGUCUCUCUCUUCUCUCAGCAACAAGGAAAUGCUACAACCAAACAAGUCACUACUGGUUCACCAGCACAGCAGUUGCACCACACAAGAUUUAAAAACUCUGGAAUACUACAAAUACAGAUCAAUUUACCUGGUGGUGAUGGGCUUAAUCAACAUUGUGUGAACUCGUUUGACAAGGGCUUGAAUGUAAUGUCAUUUAUAUGUUAAAGUCCAACACUUUGGCUUUUAAUGAAAUAUAUUAAAACUUAUUUCCACA